AUGUCUUCACUAUUAUUCUACAAUGUGUGUGUGUGUGUGAUUCCGUUGCUGCAGAAGGGGGAGAGACAACAGACACGUUCUUCCCAGCGGUUGUGUCUGGGCAGGAAGUCGCUCAGCUCGGCGCCAGCGGCGGGGGAUUCUACGGUGGUGACACGUCUCUUCGAGGGACAACUCAGCUACCAGAUGCUGUGUCUGCGCUGUGACGGACACUCCCACAGCAACCAAGUCUUCACCAUCCUGUCUCUGCCUAUACCACUGGACUCAUACAAGUGUUCCCUACAGGACUGCCUGUCGCUGUUCUUCCAGCAGAGUACGUUGACGUGUGGAGAUCAGAAGUUGUGUCCAGAGUGUGGAGUGAAGAGAGACACAGCUGUCCUCACCAGCAUGGCCAAACCACCUGAGAUACUGGUGCUGCACCUCAAACGUUUUGGUUGCCACGGGAGUGAGAAGAGGAAGUUGAGGACCAAUGUGUUGUUCUCAUUGGACAGUUUAGACCUAACCCCCUUCCUGUCCAGACCCUCAGCCAAUCACACCAGCUACUCUCUCUACGCAGUGGUGAACCACGCAGGAGACCUGGACAUGGGUCACUACACGGCCCUGUGCCACAGUACCCUGUCCAGCAGCUGGCACCACUUCGACGACACGGCCGUGAGCGAGGUAGUGGACUUCUUGGUGCAGUCUCCUAACGCCUACAUCCUGCUGUACAGCCGUCAACCCUUCCACAGGCCCAACAUACCCCAGAUCUGA